AUGAUGGGUAAGAAUGAAUCCUCAAUAACUGAUUUUAUCCUUGUGGGACUCUUUCCUGAGUUUCAGCAUUCCAUUAUACUCAACUCCAUGAUCAUCUUUGUCUACAUCCUUGCUUUCCUGGGGAACGUACUUCUGAUUAUCCUGAUUUCAGGAGACUCCCGGCUUCAUACACCCAUGUACAUUCUCCUCAGUCAACUCUCCCUCAUUGACUUGUCAUUAACAUCCACCAUUGUCCCAAAGAUGGCCUAUAACUAUUUCGUGGAGGAAAGGACCAUAUCAUGGAUUGGCUGUGGAACCCAGAGUUUCUUUUUCCUGAUGUUGGGAAUGUCAGAGUGCCUCAUCUUGACCCUCAUGGCUUAUGAUCGCUAUGUAGCUGUCUGCAACCCACUGCGUUAUUCCACCAUCAUGAGCCCCAGUUUCUGUCUGCACAUGGUUGCUGCAUGUUGGAUUGGAGGCUCAGUAAGUUCAUUUAUACAUACAGUCUACCCUAUGCAUUUCCCCAUCUGUGGAUCACGGGAGAUCCACCACUUCUUCUGUGAAGUCCCAGUCCUCAUUAAGCUCUCCUGUGAAGAUACUUCAGUGUAUCAGUUAGUGGUGGUUGUGACAAGCAUUGUGCUGCUUGUUGUGCCUUUCAGUCUCAUCACAGCUUCCUAUACCCUCAUUUUCCUCACAGUCCUCCAUAUGAACUCUGUCAAGGGCAGGAAAAAAGUCCUGGCCACGUGUUCUUCCCACUUAACUGUGGUGAGUCUCUUUUUUGGUCCAAACAUAUUCAUCUACAUGACUUUCACUUCAUCUCAUAGUGCAGAGCAGGAUCAGGCUCUCUCUGUUUUCAGCAAUAUUCUCACCCCCAUGCUGAACCCCCUCAUCUACAGCCUGAGGAACAAAGAGGUGGUAGCUGCUCUCAAGAAACUGAUGGGGAGAUGUGUGGUCUCUUAG